GAGGUGGAUCUUGGGGUGGAAUCUGGUAUCUCAGGGCUACUGCAACCCAGACUAACCAACCCACUGGGAGAAGAUGUCAGGGAGUCUAGGAGUUCUUGGAGUCCUGCCUCUCCUCUUCCUGUCUGAAGCCUGCCUGGGCCCUGGAUGCCAGGCCUUGAAGAUAAAGGUUCCACCAUCAGUGACAGUGAACAUAGGAGAUGAAGCCCGCCUCACCUGUGAACACAAUGGCAACAACCCUAAUAUCACAUGGUGGUACAGCCUUCACUUCAAUGGCUCCUUAAUCACAGUGUCAAUAGGCCCUGGCCUGGGGCCCAGAGGCGAGUUGGUCAUCUCCAACGUAAACGAGAGCCACAGGGGCAUGUACAGGUGCCGUGUGGAAGAAAACAGCGUGCCACAAUUCUCCUGUGGCACCUACCUCCGAGUGCGUAAGCCAGUCCCUAGGCCCUUCCUGGAGAUGGGAGAAGGCACCAAGAACCGCAUCAUCACGGCUGAGGGGAUUAUCUUGCUAUUCUGUGCAGUGGUACCAGGGACACUGCUGCUAUUCAGGAAGCGAUGGCAGAAUGAGAAGUUCGGGGUUGACAUUCCAGAUGACUAUGAAGAUGAAAAUCUUUAUGAAGGCCUGAAUCUUGAUGACUGCUCUAUGUAUGAGGACAUCUCCAGGGGACUCCAGGGCACCUACCAGGAUGUGGGCAGUCUCAACAUUGGAGAUGUCCAGCUGGAGAAGCCAUGACUGACCCUUCCCAUCCUUUAUCCGCUGUGCUGUCUGUCCAUCCCUGCCUGGUAGCUCUUCCCCUGGAGUCCCCGCUUCCCAGUCUUUGUCCCCCUGGAGUGUCCUACCCUUGCUUCCAUACUGCCCCACCCUACUCUCCCACCUAAUCUUGUCCCUUCCUUCCCCAAGUCUGUCCCAGGUUCCCUCUCCAGUGGUUAAUGAGCCCUUAAUCGCCGCCUCUAGGGGAGCUGAUUACAGCAGCCUCGUUAGUGUCCCCCCCCCCCAGAUCUGUCAUGGCCACUU